AUGUUCCUACCAAGUAUCUCCUCGGUAUUCACACUCUUCAACAGCAUGCUGGCCCAUCCCGGUCUAUCCAAGUCUGACAAGGACCAGUGGAAGGCCUUGGUCGAUGCCAUCCCAGUCCCGCAUCCUGGCAAGUGUCCUUCCUUCUGCCACAUUGUCCUGACCCAGCUCCGCCAGCGCUAUGCCAAUGCCGGCACCCGAGUCUUCUCCGACAGGCACUGGAUCACUACCGAGAAGUACGCCUACGACUUCCUCGACGGAAUCAUCAACGAGUUUGUCGAGAGCCUGGCCUCCAAUCUCGCCAAGUGCGCGGCCACGAAGGCCCGUGGUGAGGAGGUCAAGCACUUCCGCCUCCGCUAUCUCAGCAAGAAGCGAACCACCUCCGAGUCCUGCUACAUGAGGAAGCGACUCUGGGGCCCUGUCCAGUCCACCUCCAGCUUCUGGAACCGAGUCAACAUUCGCGAGUUCCUCGGCAUCACUCCUCCUGGCGCACAAAACACUCCUGUGCAGCUUCUGCGUCCGCCCCUUCCACAGCCUGUGGAUGCUGAUGGCGACCCCAUGCUGUCCAGAAGCAUGAAGAGUGUCACGAGGCCACCCAAGCACAGCCGGAUGGAGAGGAGCCUCCUUCCUCGCCUCCGUCCCGACGGGACCAUCGAGGAUCGCCGACUGCAGCUCCCCUUCCUCUGCGACACCCGCAUCAUGCGGACCAAGACCGGCAAGUUCUACAUCGUGGUCUCGGGGCCACUUGUCCGUCCGGGCGAAAGCCAAGCCCAGGACAUGGCCAAGAAAGUCGUCUCUAUCGAUCCUGGCGUCCGAGACUUCAUCACCACAUACGACCCUUCCGGCCUUGUCACCGCCUGGGGUGCCUCCAAAUCUCACUCGACCAAUGGUGGCAGGGACACCAAGAACAGGAUGCGUCGAGCAGCCCUCCGCAUCCUCGAGCGCAUCCGAUGCCUUGUCAACGAUCUCCACCGCAAGGCAGCCAAGUGGCUCUGCUCAACAUGCAACGUCAUCUACAUCCCCAAGCUCAACUUCCACCAGCUGGCAGCACACUGCUCUGGACGAGUGGUCAACGAGAAGACGGCCAUGCUGGCCCACUGUCGCUUUGUCGACACUCUCGUCCACAAGUCCAGGGAGUAUGCUGACUGCAGGUGCAUGUACAACAUCGAUUCCAGCCAGCAAACAGGACGGAUCGAGCCAGGCUUGUACAUCUUCACCAUCAUCUGCUGCAACGACAGCUUCCAACUCGCCCUCGACCACAGCACCAUCAAGACCCUGCUCCGAGUGUGCAGGCGUGCCCGACCCCUCCUGAACUCCAAGGUGUCUCGCUUCGACACCUGGUGCCAGAAUGCAGGACUCUGUCAUCCAGGUGGACAGCUGCGGAUUGGCCUCUCACCGAGCGACCAGAUCGCUCUCUCGCUGCAUUGCGAUCAACAAGCCACAGCCGACCGAUCCUGGCUCAUCGAACAAGCGAACCGGGGCAAUACUCCUGCCUCUUACUUCCUGGCAAAGAUCCUCCAAAUCGACCUCAAUAGCGAUCGCAUUGACACGUCCGAGCGGCAAGCCAUCCACCAACAAAUCUUCCGCCUUCUGGAGAACGCAUCCAACACAAACCACACGAUGGCACAGUUCCACUUGGCCGAGUGCUACCGCAACGGACUCGGUGUCGACCAAGAUCACGCAAAGGCUGUCGAGUUGUACCGCAGUCUGGCAGAUCGUGGAAUCCCUCAGGCCCAAGUUGCCCUCGGCCGAUGCUAUGAGACCGGCGAAGGAGUCGAACAAGAUUACAACACAACCAUCGAGUGGUAUUCCAAGGCCGCAGAUCAAGGCAGCGAAGACGGUCGACUCCACAUCGUGUUCCUCCGUGGAUGGUUCUCGUUCAUCGGCCAUGGUGUCGAACAGAGCGAUGAAACUGCCUUCAACUACUGGCAUGAAGUCAGCACCCAAUCCACCGACCCAGUCAUCAAGCCCAUUGCCACGCACAUGGUCGGAUGGAUGCACUACCUCGGUCGGGGUACCGUGCGCGACGAGCAGAAAGGUUUCAAGAUCAUCCGAGACACCAAAUCCGAUGAGUUCAAGCUUGGAGAGGAUGAAUGUCUGGCAAAGGACAACUAUGCGAAUGCCAACUCCAACUCACCCACAUCCCGAAAGUUCUUCAAUCUCUGCCGGCUGGGAUCGGACCGAGACUGGCUGUGUAGACACCUUAUGGCUGUGUGUCUGUACCGCGGAUUCGGAACCACCCUGGACUGGAAGGAAGCUCCGGACAUCUUUGAGCAGCUCGCCGACGACGGUCACAGCGACAGCCAAGUUUGGUUCGGAACGUGUUACUUGACUGGCUGGGGAGUAUCGAAGGACAACAAGAAGGCAUUCGAGUGGCUCAUCAAGUCGGCCAACCAAGACAACUCGUAUGGGCAGUGCUGGGUUGGACAGUGUUACUUCUAUGGAUACGGAGUCACCAAAGACUACGCCGAGGCAGUCGAGUGGUUCCGCAAGUCGGCCGAACAGGGCAAUCGGAUCGGACAAUAUUGGCUCGGUAGCUGCUACCAAUCUGGCCGUGGUGUCCCCAAGAACAUCGACACCGCCAUUUUCUGGUACCGCAAGUCGGCCGACCAGGGUUCCGAUUGGGCCAUCCGUCUCCUCGAGCAACUCGGCAAGUGGCCCUGA